AAACUCCCACUCUCCCUUUAUCUCCUCUUCUCUAUUGUUCUCUUUAUCUCUUGCUACACUCACUCUUUCCGAAGGGCUUCAACUGGGUGCUGAGAAGGUUAAGUAAAUAAUAUAUAGACGGACUGACUGACUGACUCACUAGAGAGUGUGGAUAGAUUGUUACCUGAAUCGGAUCUUAGUACAUUAGAGGGAGAUACUUCACUGAAAAAUGAACUGUUUUUAAAGGGAUUGGAACUUUAGCCUCCUUGUGAAUCCUUCAAUGUUUUCCUCCAGUCAGUGAAGAACCAUAAGUCACACCCAGCCCUCUUUGUAUCAGCAAAAAACAAUAUGGAACUCCAAAAACUAUCAAAUGGUCACCACCAUGGCUUCGUCCCUUUGGAAAAUGGUAUCCCGCAGGCGGAAGAGGAAGAGGAGAUGUUACCACAUAAGAGUGAUGGGACCAAGAAGCCCCAGUUUACAGAUUUUGAGGGGAAAACCUCUUUCGGAAUGUCCGUCUUUAACCUCAGUAAUGCCAUAAUGGGGAGUGGAAUUCUAGGACUGUCGUAUGCCAUGUCAAACACAGGCGUCAUUCUCUUUAUAAUCCUAUUGACAUGUAUCGCCUGUCUGUCCAGCUACUCGGUUCACCUCCUGCUUAAGAGUGCUGGAGUUGUGGGUAUUCGUGCGUAUGAACAGCUGGGCUUCCGGGCUUUUGGACACCCAGGAAAAAUAGCAGCGGGUGUCAUUAUAACCUUUCACAACAUUGGUGCAAUGUCCAGUUACCUCUUCAUUGUGAAGUAUGAGUUACCUCUGGUCAUUCAAGCCUUUCUGGGCUUGUCAUCAAACACUGGAGAUUGGUUCCUGAAUGGGAAUUACCUCAUCAUCAUCGUCAGUGUAUGCGUCAUCCUCCCACUUGCCCUGAUGAGACAACUGGGGUAUUUGGGUUACACCAGUGGCUUCUCCCUCACCUGCAUGGUCUUUUUCCUUUCCUCGGUCAUAUACAAGAAAUUCAACAUCCCCUGCCCCCUGGUGCCAAAUGGCAGCAAUCACACAACAAUUAUCAACACCACUAUGGAAGAGGAGGGACAGUGUGAAGGCAAAAUGUUCACCAUUAACCAGGAGACGGCGUAUACCAUCCCCAUCUUGGCGUUCGCCUUUGUUUGUCACCCCGAGGUGCUUCCCAUUUACACUGAACUCAAAAACGCAACCAAGAGGCGCAUGCAGGGUAUUGCCAAUGUGUCCAUCAUGGGCAUGUUCGUCAUGUACCUCCUCACUGCCAUCUUUGGUUACCUCACCUUCUACGUGAACACGGAAUCUGAGCUCCUGCACACCUACAGCAAAGUGGACCCUCUGGACACCCUGAUCCUGUGUGUGCGUGUGGCCGUGCUGGUGGCAGUCACCCUUACUGUCCCCGUGGUCCUCUUUCCUAUUCGCAGAGCCAUUCUCCAGCUCCUGUUCCCAGAGAAACCCUUCCAUUGGGCACGCCACAUCACCAUCGCCCUGUGUCUCCUCUUCGUGGUCAACGUUCUUGUAAUCAUUGUGCCCAAUAUCCGAGACAUCUUUGGCAUCAUUGGGGCCACCACUGCACCUAGUCUGAUCUUCAUCCUCCCAGGAUUAUUCUACCUCCGCAUUGUUCCCACCGAACAAGAACCAAUGAAGUCAAGACCAAAGAUCACGGCUGCCUGUUUUACAGCCAUGGGCUUCAUCUUCAUGUCUAUGAGCCUGACGUUCAUCAUCAUCGACUGGACGACCGGAGAGAAACGAGCUGGAGGUGGCCAUUAGAGCACAUCCGUUGACGUAGGGGUCCAAACGCCACACAGCAGCAUGCCCUGUCGCCGUGCCACUUCUUGAUCACGUCUGGAUUGUGAGAAAGAUCAAACACGGUCGAAAGGCUGGACCCACAUCAUCAUGAGUCUUACCCAUACCUGCGUCAUGGUAAGACCGCUUACCCACCAAUUCACAUCAAAAGGACAUGUACUCUUCCAUGGAGGCUAGUCUUUGAGGAAUCCAGUGAUGUCACUUUCUUUGUGGAAGUUCUAGUCAGAGAUGUCACCCAGGCAGUGUCAGAGGUGCUGAUGAGGGUGUUGCCCAUGGAAACCCCUAAACCACUACUUGCUGCGUGCGUCAAAAUCCAUUAAGCUAGUACCUCGAAUGAAGAGCAUCUGGUGUAAAACAAAAGUGACAGAGAUAGAAGAAGAUGGGAGGGGUUCAUUUUCUCUAUGCAAAGAGACUGGAUCUCUUGAACUGUCGGGCUUCCCUCGCGACCCAACUGCCAAACAAUUCACCCCACUGUUGUUUCUUGAUCAAAUAUCAACAGUGGUUUAAUCAACCAGCUUUAAGGAGAAGAGAAGAAAAUGUUAUUCUAAAAUGGAUUUACUUUUAUGUCAUUACACUAUGCGUAGAUUUGUUUAUUGAAGGUAAUUUCAGCUAAAUUUCUUGAGGUACCGUAAUUGACUGGUAGUGUACAGUUUUUCUCAGAAGCUGCAGACCAUUUAAAAACAAAAUGAGCCAUGAAUGAUAAAUCAAUCACUUUUCAGCAUGGUCUAACUAUUUAUAUUUGACCAUGUUGCUUGAUGCCAAGUAAUGUAUUUACUCACCUUCUCCAGUUAUCAAAUCAAAGUUUAUUGUUCACGUACACAGUUUUGCAGAUGUUAUCACAGGUUCAGUGAAAUGCUUAUGCUUCUAGCUCCAACUACGCAGCAAUAUCUAGCAGUACAAUAACCAGAGGUGUGUGCCCUCUCAGAUUUGUCCUGUUUAAAAA